CCCUCACACAAACACUAGGCGCGUCGCCUGCUUUAACAACCAAAUCCCCCUAAAUAAGGCUUUAAACGGAAUAUACCUCGUUACAACAAUGAUCUUCACCGUAUCGUCGAGCACGCUAACUGACCAAACGGAACUACCUUGAUGGGAUAUGUAAGCGAAACAUUUGUUUACUGGACUAUAAAGCAAGGCUUUCAAAGCGGACGCCAAAAAUGUCAGGGUGUGAUGGUCCCGCGGUGUAGGCACGAGGAUGGAGUUCUGUGACUCCACGGACCAUGAGGGCUCCCAGACCCAGCCUCCCUGGAGGCUCCCCCACCCCGGCCUGCUCCUCCUGCCCAAGGACCAGACCCUCUCACUGGGCACGCUCUCUCCGCUCAUCCCCUCUCCCCUGCUGCACCUCCAGAGCCCCACCGCAGCAGCCGAGAAGGCCCUGAGGAGGCGGCCCACCACAGGAGCUGAGGAGGAGGAGGAGGAUGAGGAAGAGGAGAACGGAGGAGGAGCAGAGGAGAGGAGGAGGGACGAGGGAGGAGUGAAUGGAAUGGACCAGGGGUUUGCGGGACAAGUGGGAGGAGAUUUAGGGGCAGGAAGUGAUGUAGGAGAGGAGGACUGUUACGACGAAAACGAGAUGGUCGAGGAGUUCGAGGAGGACGAGGAGGACGAGGGCGAUGUGGAGGAGCUGGCGGGGGAGAUUGUGUACCGGCCAGACGGUUCUGCAUUUGUGGUGGAGAACCUGAACCAGCUAAGCCAGAGGGAGGCCGAGGGGGACACCCCCACCCCGCCUCCCGCGCCCCAACCCCCCCUCACCAUCAGCACCUGCCAUAUCGCCGCAUCCCUGGCGCCCUGGUUCCACCCGCCCUCUCAGAACCAGAACCAGAACCCGAACCAAACCCAGAUCCAAACCCCGGUGCAGCCUGGACCCACCCUGCACAGUUUCAGCGUGUUCCAUUUGCAUCGCCAGGACGACGGCCAGCAGCCAACCAGCAAUGGUCUACCCAAAGAUGACUUCCUCACCGAGGCUGCGGACGUGUCCGGGGGACGGGCCUCGGGGCUGCCGGGCCGGCGGCCCAUCCUGAUGUGCUUCCUGUGCCGCCUGUCGUUCGGCUGCGCGCGCUCCUUCUCGCUGCAUGCGGCCCGGGAGCACGGCGUCGCCCCGAGCGACCGCGAGCGGCGCCUGCUCGCCCUCAAGAACGCCUCCGCCAUCAUCCAGCCUGUAGCCCCCGGCAACCGGCCCCUCCUUAGCUUCCUGGAACCAAAAAUCGGGAACUUGGACGAUGACGAGCGCGACCUAGCCGAGGCCGGCGGUCGUGGCAACGGUAGCAGUGGCGGCGGUAGCAGCAGCAAAGGCGGACUGAGGGAGGAGGCCCUCGCAAACCAAAGCGAUAUUUCCAAAUCUCCUUUGCUGGCUACCCCUGCCCACACCCAAACCCCCACCCUCGACCCUAGCCUCUCCACCCCAGCAGGAGCGGCUGAGGGAACCAGCUUUACGCCCAGCGCAGCCCCCCCCACCAGCUUUAACUGCCUGUCCCGUGCCCAGCCGGUCUCCCCCGCGGACGACAGCGGCAAGACGGGGUCGCCCGCCUCGGCGCCCAGAGACGAAUGUGCCAACGGAGAGAGUGCCAACGCAACACAACCAAACGACGGCUCGCCCGACAGAGCCACCGCUAGCAGCAGCAGCUUCAGCAGCAGCAGCACCCUGGGCUGA